AUAUGAUAUGUGAUAAAUAUGAUUCAAAAAAAUGUCCUGCACGUUUGCACUAUGAAGUCGAUGAGAAUAAUAAGAACAAAAAUUUCAUUUUCAUCAAAAAUCACAAUCAUGAGAAACCUGAAGUUGAUUUUUUAAUCCGUCAAUUCAAAACCGAAUUCAAGAAGGAAAUUAUGACAACUUUAACCAAACCUUGUAUUAUAUACACCAAUUUAUGUUUGAGAUUUCCUGACGGUGCAGCGUUAGUUCCAUUCGCUAGCAUGAUUUCAACUAUAAACAAUUGGCGACGAGAGAUUCGUCCUAAGCAUCCUAAGUCGUUGGAAGAAUAUGUUUUACAGUUACAAUCGGAUCAAUGGAAAAAUUAUUUAACCCGUAACAAAACGAAAUUACAAAUUAAACACAUACGUAGCAGCGAUAAAUCGUCAGCAGUUGUUUUAGCUGAUGAAAAUUUCCUGCGUACGAUUAAUACCACGCAUCUAUUAGUUGAUGCAACCUAUGAAGUUUGUCCUCUAGCUCCGAGAGAAAUAUAUCAAUUCUUGACAAUUAUGGCUGUGAUAGAAAAUAAUGCGUUUCCAAUCACUUGGGCACUUAUGACUAACAAAACCAAAAUAAGUUACACAGACAUUUUCAACUAUUUCAAAACAAUAGCUCCACAUCUUAGAAUCAAUAGCAUCAUGUCAGAUUUUGAACUAGGUUUAAUGAGUGCCGUCAAAUCAUGUUACAUCCACGCACAACCAGAAGGCUGUAACUUCCACUUUGUUCAGGCAGUACUUAGAAAAACGACCAAGCUCAAAGUAGACAUUUUAAUUGAGGAUAGAGACGAUAUGAAAGUUUUCAUUAGAAAGCUUUUGGGUCUUGCUCUUUUGCCAGCAGAUGAUAUCAAGGAAGCUUUCAUGUGGCUCGUUAAUAACAACAAAGAAAUUAGCCAGUUAUUGAAAAAAUUGACAGACUAUUUUGUAGAUUACUGGCUUAAAAUUGUUAAGCCAGAAAGAUUUAGUUGUUUUCGAAAUAGGACAAAAACAAAUAAUUUUAUUGAAUCCUACCAUAGAACACUAAAAUUAAAGUUGGGGUCCCAUCCACCAAUUUGGGAGUUCACAGAAGGCAUUGCAGCACUUCAAGAGCUGUCAAAAAUUGAGAAGACUUCUUUGGAGCAGAAUUUGAAUAUUAGAAAGUUUCAAAAUCGAAAAAUUACACAAAAAAAUGAUAUGAUUGAUUACUUAUGGGAUUUAUAUGAAAAUGGGACUCUAGAUAUCCCUAAUUUUUUACAGUGUGCUAGUCACGUAUCUAAAGCUUUUAAUAAUAAGCUUGUGUGGACCAGUACAGACGAUGUUAAUAAUUUUAUAAUGCCUACUGUCUAAAAAAUUUACU